AACAUUUCUUUCGCCUGAGUACUAAAUUGAGCGGAGGCUUCUCAGUUCUCAGCCUUUUCUUCGGACGGCAUCAAUGCGAGCAUUGUGGAGAAAGCUCGCUCUCCAUUUUCAAUCGUUUUCAUCAUCAUCAACUUCCUCCUCCUCCAACGAAAUCCCAGUCCUCUACUCCUUCCUCCAACCCUCAAUCUUCCCUCUCCGCUCCAAAACCCCAACCUCCUAUCCCUCCUCUCCCAAUCCUAAAACCCUAACAACCCCAAUUCCGCCCAAAACCCUAACCCUAGAAUCCAAAUCCUCCCUCCAAUCCUCCCUCCAUUCCUCUCUCCUCUCCCAUCGUACCGACGACGCAUGGCGAUCCUUCAAAACCCUAACCUCCUCCCCCUACCUCCCCUCCCCUCACCUCUCCAACUCCUUAAUCCUCCACCUCUCCUCUCUAAACGAUCGCCUCAAUCUCAAGCGAGCGUUCGCGUCGGCGAUCUUUCUGAUCGAGAGGAACCCGGAGUCUCUCUCCUUCGAUACCCUCAAAGCCCUCUUCAGAUCCUUCAAUUCAUGUAAUGCUCCGGCCCCAGCUUUUGCCCUGAUCAAAAUCCUGCUUAAAAAUCGAAUUUUCCCGCCAUUUGAGAUUUGGGGUCGAGAAUUGAUACAGGUUAGCAGGCGGAAUGGAGGGUUUGGGGCUUUUUUAAAGGUGUUUGAGGAGAACUGUAGGGUUUGUUUGGAUGAGAAGGUUGAUGGGAUGAGGCCCGAUUCGGAUUCUUGCAAUGAGAUUCUUGAUGGGUGUUGGCUUAGAGAUUAUGGGAUCAGCUUUCGGAUUGCGGCAAAGAGUGAUGGAGGUUAUGUCGAGUUUGCGGGUUGCGCACCAGAUUCGAAUAGUUUUGGGUCGCUUGCUUAUUUGUAUGCAUGGAGAAAGCAAGAAAGCAGGACUUUGGAGCUGGAUAGGUUGAUGGAUGCACUGGGUUAUAAGGAUAAGAUGGUUUUCUCUAAGAAUUUGAUUAGUGGGUUUGUGAAAAGCUGCAACUUUGAAGAAGUUAUUAAUGUUAUUAUACGAGGAAUCGAUGAACUGGCUAAUGAAGAUGGCUGCAGCUGUUUAGGAGAAGAGACUUACGUUGAGAUUGUGAAGGGUUUUAUUGAGAAUGGGAGGAUGAAGGAUCUGGCUAGUUUGAUUAUCAAAACCCAAGAGUUGGAAUUAGCAAAAGCAGUAGGAGUUGAUAGUUCAGUUGGUUUCAGAAUCAUUAGUGCUUGUGUCAGUCUUGGUUUCUUGGAUAAGGCACAUAGUAUUCUAGAUGAGAUGAAUGCUCAGGGAGCUUCAGUUGGGCUCAAUGUUUACUCUCCAAUCUUGAAAGCUUACUGUAAAGAGCAACGAACGGCUGAAGCAGCUCAAUUGGUAUCUGAGAUCAGUGCUUCUGGCUUAAAACUGGAUUCUGGAAGCUAUGAUUCUCUAAUUGAUGCUUCGAUGUCUGCUCAGGAUUUCCAAUCGGCCUUCUCUCUUUUUAGAGAAAUGAGGGAAGCAAGAGUACCCGAGCUGAAAACAAGCUACCUUACUAUAAUGGCAGGAUUAACGGAGAGCCAUAGGCCUGAGCUCAUGGCAUCCUUUCUAGAUUCAGUGGUUGAUGACCCGAGAGUUGAGAUUGCAACCCAUGAUUGGAACUCCAUCAUUCAUGCCUUUGCCAAGGUUGGAAGAAUUGAGGAUGCUCGGAGAACCUAUAGAAGAAUGGUGUUCUUGAGAUUUGAGCCUAAUAACCAGACAUUUCUUUCGCUUAUCAAUGGGUAUGUAGCAUUGGAGAAGUACUUUAGUGUUUUGAUAUUGUGGAAUGAGGUGAGGAGAAAGAUGAUUGAGUUUGAUCACAACUUGUUGGAUGCAUUCUUGUAUGCUUUGGUUAAGGGAGGGUUCUUUGAUGCAGCAAUGCAGGUGGUGGGCAAGGCCCAAGAGCUGAAAAUGUUCAUAGAUAAGUGGAGACAUAAGCAGGCGUUUAUGGAAACACACAAGAAGUUGAAAGUGGCAAAGCUUCGAAGGAGAAAUUUUAGGAAGAUGGAAUCAGUAAUAGCCUUUAAGAAUUGGGCUGGUCUUAAUGUUUAAGUCUGUGAUGUUCCUUGCACUUCUUUGGACUAACCUAAGGAAAUUAAUACAACUGAGUGCAAUCUCUGAGAUGCAAGAUUAGUUCCAAUUCUGGGAUAUAUUCCUUUACGAACAGAACAGCUGCAACCGAUGCAAAAUUAGGCAAAAGAGGCUUCGUGUACCCCCGGAGUCUGUUCUUACUCAAUCAGUGGGAAAAUUGGACCAGAGAACAGACCCAAUCGUGUAAAUAUUUAUUUGCACUAGCAGCUAUAGAAGGAAUGAUAAAUCCCACGACCUGAUUAACCAAAAUCUGUGAUCAGUUCAAUUCUGCAACUUGGUUGACUAGAACCAGUUGGGCUUUUUCACUAACGAAAUCUAAGAUUAUUGGAUAUCAACAUGUUCAUCUUUCGCGACGGUAAAGUUGAAGGUGAUUUGGAGUUGAAGUUUGAGACAUAGUUGCUACUUGAAAGAGAGAUCUAGGAUCCCACGUCCCACUAAAUGGUUAUGAGUAGUGUUUCUAUCAGAAUCGGUCGCAUGCUUUGCCCCCCUAACUUGCCCAUCGAAGGGCUCAGCACCGGUCGCCUUGUGCGGCCGGUUCUGAUAGGAUGGGUAGUCCGAUGGCACUGCUGUUGUAAACUGGUGAGUCACAGUUCAGUCAAUUUCACCAAUUCAUGUAAAAUUUGUUGUGAUGCCUAAAUUUUAUAUUUUAUUUAUUACUUUAGCCUGAACUGAAGUGAGACUUUUUCCAGAAGAAACUUGACUUUUUAAAGAUUGAAGGUUGAAAUUGGUUUAA